GCAGCAGUGAACAGCAGUCAUGGAGAUGGAAGGUACUGCUGAGCCAGCCUUUGUGGAUGUGGACCAGGGCCUGACUUUAGCCUGUGUCGCCUUCCUCUGCUUACUGCUGAUGGCCAUGAUCAUCCGCUGUGCCAAGGUCAUAAUGGACCCAUAUAGUGCGAUUCCUACCUCCACAUGGGAGGAACAGCACUUGGAUGACUAACAAACUGAAACACAUAUAUACAUAUACAAGGGGGUAGUGGUGGUUUUUCAUUUCACUAAAUGACAGUGUGUGUUUUUUUUCUUCUCUAAAAUGUUGAAGCUCCAGAACACAUGUACUGUUGUACAAUCGAAAAUUGUAUGAAAUCCAGACAUAAACAUGGA